UGAUGCCGUGCUCGAUUACUCCUGUCUCACUCUGAAUCGGUGAUCAGCUCCUCUGUCCUUGUCAGCACGUGUGAUUUCAGAGCAGCAGUGUUGGAUCCUGUGUGUUUUGAAUUAUGGAAAGUGUGGUGCAAUCCCGAAUACCAUCAGAGCAAAGCGAUAUUUUGGGAGUUGAGUCUCAACAUGGAACGGCAGCGGAUGCUUUGACCAAAACAUUCCUAAAGAAUAGCCUUCCCCAAAUGAAGGAUGAACACAUUGAGGAAAUGAUGUUGCACAAGGCAGUGGUACUGGAAUAUAAAAGACCAACGAAGAAGAAGGGAAAGACAAGAAAGGCCAAGGGACUGAAUGCCAAAGAAAGAAGACAGCUUAAAAUAUUCCAGCUCAAACCUGAACAUCAAAAAUAUGACCUCUUCUUGCCUCUGCAUGAGCUAUGGAAACAGUACAUUGUGGAUCUAUGUAAUGGAUUGAAACCAGGAAGCAACCCACAGAUGAUCCAGCAGAAGUUCUUGAAAGCUGAUUUCCAUGGUGCUGUCUUAACAGUUGUCCGAUCAAAAUGCCCCUCAUAUGUGGGUCUAACUGGCAUCUUGGUACAGGAACUGAAGCACGUCUUCAAAAUCCUUACAAAAGAGGACAAACUAAAAGUUAUACCGAAGAGGAAUAGUGUGUUCAGUGUGGAGAUCGGUGAUUUCGUAACGCACAUCUAUGGCAGCAAGUUUGAACUGCGCUCCAGUGAGCGGUCGGCAAAGAAAUUCAAAGUAAAAGGAACUAUUGACUUGUAAUGGGAAGUUUUAUCAGCUUACAUCAUGUCAGCUUUAACUGUUGGCUCAUACUGGGGAAUUAAGAGACAACAUUUAAUCAUUAUGGAUUUCUUAGCUUCUUCCUCUUGUUUUAUGCUUUAAAUCUGACCAGGCAUGAAACUACAGUAUAUUGGGCAUUUAGGAAAAGUAGUAGUUUUUGAUUGUCCACCAGGGGGAGGCCUUUUUGGAAGAGAAGGGAGGAAGAAUGAAUUUUAACCUCCUGAGUUCUCUCUCUCUCUCUCUCUCUCUCUCUCUCUCUAAUCCCUGGUUCCUGUCACUUCAUUUUUAUACAAGGUUCCCACAAACUCUUUAUUUAUGGCCUUAUUAUAUCUUCAAGGGUAGUCAGCACUGCUAAUGCUAAAAAUAAAAAAAAUACUACCAAUAAAUAUCAUACUUCCCUAAGAACAUCUUAAAUAUUUUGUUAAUGUUAUGUUGCAUGGUAUGAUAGCAGAUCCACAAUAGUACAAUAAUUUCCCGUAGUGGGAGGUAUUUAAGUAGGUUCUAUAAUGUUUAUUUUUAUACAACUUUAAGCGAAGUACUGUUAGAAGCAGUGUUUUCAGACUUGUACUUGAACAAGCACCACUUCAGAUCUCCAGUUCAAACGGCACGAAGUAAAAUUGGAAUAAGUUAUGUGGUUUUGUUUCACUGUAGUAUAUGUUGUAAUAUUUGCCUGCUUACAAAACAAGGAUUUUUUUUUCCCACAGUGAAACAGGGCCUGAUACUUAGUCAAGGUUUUUUCCUUGUUGGGUGACUCAUAAACGCCUCUUCCAGUAAUGCCAGGGAAUUCCAUCCUUCCUAUACAAGACACAGAACAGGUUUUCUAAUUAAAUAUGUAAGAGUUUCUGUUUAUUGCUUAGUACUAAAUGUCAAAUAAUCUUGAUUUUUUUUUCUGAGAGCAACUGUUUCCUUGAACAUUUUUUGAGUUAAAGGAAGCUGAAAAACAUUGACUGCUUAUGUACUGAAAUAUGACAACAAUGGAUGUCACCAUUCUUGCAGUUAAACAUAGUCUAUUCGUCAUUCUGCUGUGCAAUGUCUUUUAUGAGAAAAGAGGUGCCUUACAUUAUAUGUUGUCUCCUCUGAAAUCACUGUCUCAACAGUGUUGCAUCAUAUGGAUCCUCCAUAUACUUCCUCUAAAUCACUUUUUUUAUUUCUACAAGGAACAUUAUAGCCUAUUAAUUGUCACACAUAAAGUUUCAGAUUGUGCUGUGCAUUAAACGGAUAGACCUUGCUCAUAAAACAAGCCUGUUGUUUACAGUCACUUUGCAGAAAUUUCUGUCCAAAAACUUGUUUGGCUGGUUACGGCAUCCGACUGGUUUAAGGGUCAAAGUUCUGUUGUUGUUUUGACUCUAUUGCUUAGUAAAUCAGAUAAUGGAGUUCUCUGCUAUCUAAUCCAAUACUGUUUAUCAGAGAAACAACAAAUAUAGACUUAACUGUUCACUUCACGUCAUUCGAAGUGUGUAUGAAUAAACAUUUUUUUUUCAUCAUAUAAUUAUUUGAAAAAGACCACAUUAAUUUACAAUUAAAGUUUACAAUAAAAUAAUGUAAUGGGAAAAAUCUGAACAAGAAUUUUAGAUGGAAAGAAUCAUGCUUGUAGUUGACCACUACAUUUCUGCUUUAUUUGUCUUGGUUGGCAACAGAAUGACUGUGAUGUGGAAUAUAAAUGAAACAGCUGGGACACAAGCGCACAUGUACAGGAUUGUAAUGAUUUCUAAUAUAGAUUUUUAAUAUACCGUACCAUAAAAAGCCAUAAAAAUGGCUUCCAUAUCUACAUGGCAGCCUCGUGCAGAAUGUAGUAGUUGUUGUUUUGACACAUAAAACUGU